ACACAGCAGCUGGUAAUUGUUUUGUAACUUCGAGGACAUAAAAACGAACCGCUGAAACAAAAGGGAAGAAGACUGAGGAGGAAGCUCUGCUUUUGGUACCUGAUGAUGAUUAUGAUGACGAUGAUGGACCUGGAAUGAUCCAUUUUGUAAAUGUGUGUCUACCUUUUAUGCCGUCCUUUUCACGUGACUCUCAGGAACUGGGUUGACACUCUUGCACUGUGGAAUGCGCAGGAGGAAGUAUCCCACAGACAGGCAACUCCUCCCAGCACCCAAUCUGUGCUCAGUCUGACACCCUCUCCUCGUGUCUCCCUGGAACACUCACAUGGCACUGGAAAAGACCACUGGACCCUAAUACUGGACCCCAAAUACCUACAGUAAGCCAAUCAGGAAGCGGGUCCUGAGACCCAUCACCCGAUUGGUCGAGAGCAGAAGCGAUUCUAUUGGCCGCCGAGGAGGAGGAGGGAGGCGACUCGGGGAAAGCUGUUUUGAAGCCCAGGAAGAGGAGACACCGGGUGAAGCUGCCGUCCGGAGGAAGCGCUGCCUCCGACCCUGAUGGGAUCUUUGUCUUGAACCCUACCCAUUAUGUCUGAGGAAGAGGAUGAAGGGUGCUGGAGUAAGCUGGAACACUACAGGGUCAAACUGAUCUCGGUUAUAGAUCCAAACAGGAUCACACCAUACCUGCGCCAGUGUCGUGUCCUCAACAGUGAUGAUGAAGAGCAAGUUUUUAAUGACCCCAGCCUCGUUAUCCGCAAGAGAAAAGUGGGUGUCUUGCUGGAUAUCCUCCAGAGGACAGGGUAUAAGGGCUAUGAUGCAUUUCUGGAAAGCCUGGAGCUGUAUUACCCUCACCUGUACAGGAAGAUCACGGGUACAGAGCCCUCGCGUGUCUUCUCAAUGAUCAUAGACACUGCAGGCGAGUCCAGUCUGACCCAACUGCUCAUGAAUGAGAUGCUGAAGCUGCAGCAGACAAUCCAGGAGGAGCGCAGGAAGUACAAGGAGCUAAACACCCAGAUGGUGGAAAAGGAGGCCACCAUUAGGCAGUUGCAGGUAAAAGACAGUGAGCUAAAAAAGUACCAGGAAAGGGUCCAGAAAAUGAAGGAGGAGCGGGACAACAUCAACACAGAGCUGAAGAAAUGCAAGGAUGAGAUCUAUGAACUGGCCAUGAAGUAUGCACAGCUCAGCGAGGAGAAGACCAAUGCUGUCAUGCGAAACAGAGACCUACAGCUUGAGAUUGAGAAGUUGAAGCAUAACCUGAUGAAGGCUGAGGAUGACUGUAAACUAGAGCGGAAACAGACAAUGAAAUUAAAGAAUGCAAUUGAAAAAAGGCCAAGCCGGGACGUCAUCUUUGAGCUACAAAGAGAAAAUGAGCUGCUGAAAGCCAAAAUCCAGGAACUUGAUAAACCACUACAGAACUUGCCAAAAGGAGAAACCUCUGAGAAGACACGACUGUACAUCCAGGAUCUAGAAGAUGAGCGUAGACAGGCCUUGGAGCAGUAUCAGGAUAUGGUCAACACCGUAUACACGCUAAAAAUGAGUCUUCGGCAGGCCGAGGACCUCCGAGACAAGUACUUUGAAGAGAGAGAGGUCUCAGAACUGCACUGUACAGCCCUGAAGAAACAUUCUAAGAUGUACAAAGAUCGAAUAGAAGCCAUUCUACAACAGAUGGACGAAGUGUGUAUAGAACGCAAUAUGGCAAUUGCAACGCGAGAGGAAUUUCAUGCACAGUAUACCAAAAGUCUAAAGGAUAAGGAUGCUUUAAGGAAACAGCUCCGGGAACUAGGCGAAAAGUAUGAUGAUCUGCAGAUCCAGCUGAUCAGGAAGGAGGGAAAACUGCUAUCUCUGGAGACCAAGCUGAAGCGAACAGAGUCACCAGCGCUGUCCUCAGAUGCAGACGAAUGUUCAUCUCGCAGUUCUCAAGAAAUAACUGCUCUGGUCAGUGUAUGUGAGAACAAGACCCAGCAUGAUAAUUUUUUUUUCCCCCCUAUCUGCAUAGAGGAUGAAUCAAAUCCACUAGAAAAUGGAAGUGAUCGUGGAGAGACAUCGAAGACGGAGGAAAAUGCACACAGUCCCGUGAACAGUGGACCAGUAUCAAAAGGCAGGAGGAGGAUUAAGAUCUUUGAAGAUUAUCGCAGGAUUAGGGCCUUGAAAAGCAGAAAUUCCCAGCAAAACGAAGAGUGUUAUUCAUCAGAAAGUGAAACUGACGUGACCCCAUAAAGAAUGGAGAUUCCUAGGGAAACCGACACGGCUGAUCAUCAGAAAUUUGACAAUAAGCAGGAUCCUGAUGCAGUGAAAACCUUCAAACCUUCACCCACAACAUUGCCUACAAACUCUAAGCAUUCAGCACUGCCAAUUUGUUUUACUUUACAGAUAUGUAGCUGUAGAUUUUGU